ACUCAAAAUUUGCAGCCCUUCUUCUUCCAUUCAAAAUUUCUAAUCAAAUUGGAAUUGUCAAGUGGAUAAUUGGGUCCCUAAAAAGCAAAAAAACAAUCAUCCCCUCUUACUAUAUAUAUAUCCACAAUUACUCUUCUACUUUCUUGCAGUAGCAAAAGCAGAAAUGGAGAACAAAGCAAACAUGGUGGCAUCUCUUAUGUCAGUGAAACAAAAAUCUGGCAAGACAUUUAGUCAAAUAGCUGAAGAAACUGGUCUCACAAAUGUCUAUGUUGCUCAGCUUUUGAGACGUCAAGCUCAGCUUAAACCUGAAACUGCACCAAAGCUGAAGGCUGCACUUCCCCUUCUAGCUGAUCAACAGCUUAAUGAAAUGAUGGAGGCACCUUUGAGGUCUUAUGACCCGAACUUGAUUCAAGACCCGACUGUUUACAGAUUGAAUGAGGCUGUCAUGCACUUUGGUGAAAGUAUCAAGGAAAUUGUUAACGAAGAAUUUGGUGAUGGCAUCAUGUCAGCUAUAGACUUUUUCUGCUCAGUUGAUAAAAUCAAAGGUGUGGAUGGAAAGGAUCGUGUUGUCUUGACUUUUGAUGGAAAGUAUCUGCCACACACUGAGCAGAAAACUGAGCAUAUGGUGUCAAGGUUGAUGCGAAAGGAAUAAGCAUAGUUACUAUAAGCAGUUCUGUUGCAAACUGUUGCUCUUUUUUCGCCAAUAAAGUCUGAUUAUGUACUUGUCUUCUUUUUACACUCAUCUAUGUUUCAGCCUGGUUGAAUAAUACUCACUCGUUAGUCGAGUUUCAAAAUGUCAAAUCCCAAGAUAUGGUAUUUGUAUUUGUAUAUGUAUAUGUAUGUUUGAGUUGCCAAGAUUUGAUAAUGUAUAAGUAUGUUCUUCAAUUGCCAAGAUAUUUAUGUUCAACAGGUAUAUAUA